AUGGGUGUUCUGCGCAUUUCAGCUAGGAUCGUCGAAGUACGGUCCCUCCAACACGAUAUCAUGAUGAAAUUGACCACUGUAUUGAUCUAUCUGUUACAUGAAACUAGUAGAGUUUGUGGUGAACGAAAGGACGAUCAUGCACCACCCCCAGUCGUAUUCUUGCGUUGCCCACACACAGUGUGGCACUUACCUCUGCCCGUGAUGUCAUUCGACUUGGAUCAAUUGGAUGAUCUGGAUUUGCAUCCUGAAUGGGAUUUGGAUGUGGCCGAUGAGAUUGAAACGGACGAUGAUGAUUGGAUGGACAGUUCACAGCCUGUCUUCUUGAAGUACAGACAUCCACUGAACGAGCUGUACACUUGCUCUGGAAGUGUUCUGAGCCAGAUUUUUGACAAUUUGACGUUCAUUUUGGUCGUUUGUCUGAUAUGGCGUCUGGUGUACCUAUUUCUGGUCUGUUUUUCCCGUACUCGGGGUGAGUGA